CACCCCCAAAUCGUAUCCCCUUAAAAAUCAAACCCUGGAAGCUCAUUUGUACAACCAAUCAACAAUGGAGAAAACCGAAUUGGUAUUCAUCCCGUCACCAGGGCUGAGCCACCUCAUCGCCACCGUGGAGAUGGCCAAGCUCCUCCUCGACCGGGACCACCGCCUCUCCAUCACCGUCCUCAUAAUGAAGUCACCCAACAACACCGCCGUAGCCAACUACACCGACAAAAUCUCAUCACCACCACCAGAUUCCUCCAAUACGACGUCGUUUCGUCGUCCUCGCUUUAUCAACCUCCCCGGCGAAGAAGAAACAACCACCCCCACCACCACCUCUUCUUCCGAGACAUUUAUAUUCGAUUUCAUCGACAGCCACUCAACCCACAUCAGAAAAAUCAUCUCCGAUAUUAUCGCCGGUCAACGACAACAACCUAGUACUUCCCGACUGGGCGGUCUGGUGCUCGACAUGUUCUGCACCAAAUUCGCCGACAUCGCCGACGAAUUCAACAUCCCGGCGUAUGUCUUCUUCACCUCCGGCGCGUGUAGUCUCGGCUUCUUCCGCCACCUGGCGUCGCUUAAAUUCGAUCAGGGACAAGAUCUGACUCAGUACAAGGAUUCCGACACGGAGUUGUCUGUCCCGUGUUUCUCGGUCCCCGUUCCGGCGAAGGUCUUUCCGGCUACGUUGGUCAAAGAAGGUCCGAUGGCGGAUGUUUUCUUGGAUCGCUUCAGAAGAUUGAAAGAUACCAAGGGUAUAAUGGUCAACACUUUCCACGACCUCGAAUCCUACGCCGUUGACUCUCUCCAGUCCGGCGGAAAAAGUCAAACCCCCAGAAUUUACCCAAUCGGGCCCGUUUGGAACUUAUACAAAUACAAUAGUGUUGAUGAUGACGUCAGCAAUUGGCUGGACGAACAGCCGGAAAAGUCGGUGGUUUUCUUGUGUUUCGGGACAAUGGGAAGUUUCGACGAAUCCCAGGUUAGGGAAAUAGCGACGGCGUUAGAGAAGAGUGGGGCCCGGUUCUUGUGGUCGUUGAGAAAGCCAGGGGCAAAAGGGUCAAAGAGACAGCCUCCGACGGAGUACGAAAGUUUUGAGGAAGUUCUGAACUCAAACAACAGCAGUGUUGAUGACGGCGAUGAUGACAUCAGCAGUUGGCUGGACGAGCAUCCGGAAAACUCGGUGGUUUUCUUGUGUUUCGGCACCAUGGGGAGCUUCGAGGAAUCCCAGGUUAGGGAAAUAGCGGCGGCGUUAGAGAAGAGCGGGGCACGUUUCUUGUGGUCGUUGAGAAAGCCAGGGGCAAAAGGGUCAAAGAGGCAGUCUCCGACGGAGUACGAAAGUUUUGAGGAAGUUCUGCCGGAGGGGUUUACAGAGAGGACUAAGGGGAUUGGAAGAGUGAUCGGGUGGGCCCCGCAGGUGGCGGUGCUGUCGCAUCCGGCGGUUGGGGGUUUCGUUUCGCACUGCGGGUGGAACUCGAUUUUGGAGAGCGUUUCGUUGGGUGUUCCGAUAGCUACUUUUCCGAUGUACGCCGAGCAGCAGCUGAACGCGUUCCAGCUGGUGAAGGAACUCGGAAUGGCAGAGGAGAUUAGGAUAAACUACAAGAUUGAUUUUAAGGGAGAUAGUCCGCCGGAGAUUGUUGCAGCGGCGGAUAUAGAGGUGGCGAUACGGCGGUUGAUGACGGCGGAGGAGGAGGGUGGUGGAGGUGGGGUUAGGGGGAAGGUGAAGGAGAUGCAGAGUAAAAGCAGGGCGGCUUUGCUUGAAGGUGGUUCUUCUUACAAAGCUUUGUCUCUUUUUAUUGAGGAUGUUAUUUCAAAUGCUAUUUAGUCAAUUUGAUUAAUAAAUACAUUUAAUAAUUUAUACUGUGGUUCAUAUUAAAUCAUGGUAUUAUAUAUAAUAAAAUAAACUAAUAAUGUGAGGUUCUUUAAUCACAA